AGCUUUUUAAAAAUGUGCAUCCUCUGCAGCUAAUCCAAUGACUUUUAGUUGGUGUAAGUCACCUCCUCUGAGCUGAAAGUGUUUCAGAAAGUGACAUUUUGUUGGCUUUCUUGCAAAAAGAUGGAGCAGAUUGACUUUUACUUUGAAAUUGACACUGCGGCUCCCCUAUCUCUGAAAGCUGUUGUAAAGUUAUCUUUCCAGAACAGCAUUAUGUUCUAUUUUCAAAUCAAUCUCUCUUUAUGUACCAUUGGCUGUGAUUCAUUUAAAAGAAACAGACAUUGAUCCCAGCUCUCUUCUCCAUGAGGUGUUUAGCAGGGUGACAUUCAGUUCCUUCAUUGGUCAUUUUCCCCUACCUCUUAACACUGCAGAGACUGAUUGAUGCUGCGAAUUGUUACAGUACCAAGCAUUAUCGAUUUCCUAACACAGCUUUGUGUCUACUUCCUUUCCUAAUGAUCCAAUUCACUGAUGCUACAUGCUUGCCUCGCACUCAGCGGAUUGUUUGGUUGACGGAAUGAGACUCAUGCAGCUCCAGGAGCCGAACGAGACAAAGUCAAAGCUGGGAUAAAAAAAGUGACAAAGCUCAGAGCACAUAAUCCCAGUUUAAUUUUCUCUUUCCAGAUGGACUGGCUCGCACCUCAGAUGUGAACUGUGUUAUGUGAGCCAAGGUGUUUUCCCACCUUGCUGGUGGUGGGAAGAGAUGCUGCACUCCAUUACCAUGGCAGCAGAGGUUCUUCUUCUUGGGUUCCUGAUGAGCGGCUAUCUGUGCAAUCCCAUAGCGACCCUACCGGUGAGCCGGGACCGUCUGGAGAAGGUGCUAACCCAAUCCCGGGAGGACAAACAGCAGGACAAGCAGAGCCACGAGGAGCAUCUGGAAUAUGCCGCUCAGGAAACCAAUGCCUUUGGCCCCAACAGGACUUCCCUGGAUCUCACCAGGCCAAACUUCAGCCCCCUGACACGAGGAUCAAAAGGCGGUAAAUACCAGGAACAGUGGAGUGAACAGGACAGUCUAAACCAAAUAGAUGAGGGGCCCACCAGUGAUGUUGCCCUCUCCCUGGAUGCCAUUGAUGAGUAUGCCUACCCAGACUACAGAGGGAAAGGCUGCAUGGAUGAGAGCGGCUUUGUGUUUGCCAUUGGCGAGGAGUUUACCCCGGGCCCUUCAACAUGUCCUUGCCUCUGCACGGAUGAGGGGCCUCUGUGCACCAAGCCUGAAUGUCCCAAGGUCCACCCUCGCUGCAUAAAAGUGGACACCAGCCAGUGCUGCCCUCUGUGCAAGGAGAAAAAGAACUACUGCGAGUUUCGGGGCAAGGUCUACGCAUCGCUCGAAGAGUUUAAGGUGUCUCCAUGUGAGAAGUGCCGGUGUGAGCCCAGUGGAGAGGUGCUGUGCUCGGUGUCCGCCUGUCCUCAGACUGAGUGCGUGGACCCAGAGUACGAGCCUGACCAGUGUUGUCCCAUCUGCAAGAGCGGGCCCAACUGCUACGCGGACACAGAGGUGAUACCAGCCGGCAGAGAGGUGAAGAUUGACGACUGCACAAUCUGCUACUGCACAUACGAGGAGGGCACAUGGCAGAUUGAACGGCAGGCCACCUGCAGUAAAAACGAGUGCUAACAAAGCUAAAGACUAGCACAGGUGAGGAGGGGCGGAGGAGGCAACAUCCUCGCCAAUCCACUUGGACACUCCCAUCAGGGUUGCACUGCGGCGCUCCAACAAUUCAGCAUUUAUAUGGCGGUCACUUCUCCACCACUAGAAAUGCUUUUAUGAAAGUUUCUAAUCUUCACACAGAUUAUCUAUUUAUCUAUGUAUUAAAUUAUUUCAGAAUAUAUUCAGAAUAUAAAUUCAUGCUAAACUAGUGAGAAAAUAUUUUUUUAUAGUUUCUGUAUUUUAAUAAGCAAUGUACUGGACCAGAGGUCAAUAACAACAAAAGAAUGUACAGAACACCGAAACACAGCUGUCUCUGGACGUGAAAAACCUCAAUGUCUAAAUGUGUGGUGUCAUCCUGACCUGUCCCGAAACCAGCCCCACACCCUCCCAGUACCAGUCCGGAAAUUACUCCUGACACCAGACCAGACACCAGUUCAGACAACAGCCUCACACCAGUCCUGUUACCAGUCCAGACAUUAGUCCUGACCAGUCCCAACACCAGUCCAGAAAUCAUUCCCGACACCAGCCCCACGCCCUCCCGGCACCAUUCCUGACACUAGCCCAGACACCAGCCACACACCACUGCUGACACCAUUCCAGAAAUUAGUCCUGACCUGUCCCGACACCAGCCCCACACCUAUCCCAUCACCACUCUAGACACCAGCCUCACACCAGUCCUGACACCAGUCCAGAUAUUAGUCCUGACCUGUCCCGACACUCAGCCGACGCACAUCCCGGCCCCAGCCCCAGACCAGUCCAGACACCAGCCCCACGCCUCCCGGCACCACUCCGACAUCAGGCCAGAAAUCACUCUUGACACCUUUCCUGACACCAGUCCAGACACCAGUCUCUCUACUACCAAAGUGCAGACCAGACCAUCUUGACCACCAAAGAUGGCCAAAGAGUUCCUGUGUAAGAUGAUCAAGUUCAAAGUAAAUACAGAGAACUGCAAAAGUAUUCACACCCCUGGACAUUUCCAUGUGCUGUCACCUCAGUGUUUUUAUUGGGAUUCUAUGUGAUAGACCAACAAAAGUAGUGCAAAAUAGGGACUUAGAAAGAAAAUUAUAUAUGGUUUUAGAAUGUGAAAAUCCUGUAUGCUACCAAAAAAUGUGAAAAGAGUGUUCUGCAUUUGUAUCCAGUUGAUCAGUGAAAAGUAUAAGAGUAUGGACCAACUAAAUAUCUAUAUGGCCUUCCACUCAAACUGACAGUACGAGCAUUAUUUGGAGAAGAAGCCAAGAGGCCCAUGGUAACUCUGGAGGAGCUGCUGAGAUCCAGAACUCAGGAGAGAGAUUCUGUCAACAGGAAAACUAAGUUGUACACACCACAAAUCUGGCCUGUAUAAAGUCUUAAGAAGACCCCCCUUGUUAAAAGAAACCCAAAGUCAGAUGUAAAGUCCCAAAAGAAAACUAUUAGUCAUGUAGUCUACAAAUAUAGAUAUUUUGUGGAAGGGUGGUGCAGAGAAAGCAAUUAGAUGAGCAGUUUAAGGCUUGCAACAAGCCAUGUAGGAGGCAAUGCCAAAAGGUGGUAGAAGAUGCUCUUGUAGUCAGAUUAGACCAAAACACGUUACCUUAAAUUCAAAAAGUAAUUUGUGGCAGAAAACUAACACUACAUACCACCGUAAACACACACUUCCCUGUAUCACUGUGGAUUGUGUACUUCCGAACACACCAUAUUCAUUGUGAAACAUGGUGGUGGCAGCAUCAUGGUGCAUUUCUGCAGCAGGGACUAGGAAACUGCUCAGCGCCUAUGGGAAUAGGGAUGGAGCUAAAUACAGGGCAAUGAUGGAAGGAAAUCUGUUAGAGGAUGCAAACAACAGGGGUCAGCAGAACAACCACCCUAAACAUACAGCUAGAGCUACAAUGGAAAGGUUUAGAUCAAAGCAUUUUCAUGUGUCAUAAUGACCUAGUUAAAGUCCAGACCUAAAUCUAAGUGAGAAUCUGUAACAAGACAAAUGCUCUCCAACCAAUUUUCAUCUAUUUUGCAAAUUUCACAAUGUCAGUCUCUAUGUGUGGAAGGUGGUAGAAACACAUACCCCAAAAUAUCUGCGUCAGCUAUUAACCGUAUGACUCAGGGGACUGAAUAUAAAUACAUGCAACUCUUUUAAGAUUUUUAUGUGGAAAAAAAAAAGAAAACUCAUGUUUAUUUUCCUCCCACUUUAAAAAAAUCACAACGAUGUUUGCAGUUGUAACAUAAAGAAUUUGGGGAUAUGAAAAAUCAAAGGGUGUGAAUACUUUGGGGAGGCAGUGUUGGAGUGAAAGAAAACCGGAGGGAAAUUUUAGAGGACUCAACUGUUUCUGCGUUUCUUUCAUCAUUUCUGGAUGUUCAAAUGUGCAUUGAUUUAAAAGUGCUUUUUUGUAUUUCUCUUCAUAUUGGUGUUCAUGUUUGAAAUAAAUGCCAAUCUGUGCUCUGUAAAUGCUCAAAUAGUAACUUUUUAUAGUUCAUGUUGGUGGUGUUUUGUAUCGACAGUCUUACAAAUGAAUAAAAAUGUUCCUGGUUUUAUUUGAA